AUAGCAAACAAAAACAUUCAUCGGCGUGCUCUUUUCCUUCCAUCUUUUUGCUGCGAUAAAUACUGCUGAAAAUGGUGAAACUAACGCCUGAUUUGAUAAACCAGUCCAUGCAGUACAUGAACCCAUGUCGUGACCGAGAGCUGGAUUUACGUGGAUACAAAAUUCCGCAAAUUGAGAAUAUGGGUGCUACCUUGGAUCAGUUUGACACGAUUGACUUUUCCGAUAAUGAUAUUCGUAAGUUGGACGGAUUCCCGCGUCUUCCCAGACUGAAAUGUCUGCUUCUGAACAACAACCGAAUUGUAAGAAUAGGCGAAAAUAUCCAAGAAUCGCUCCCCAACCUUCAAAGCGUUAUUCUGACAGGGAAUAACAUUCAGGAGUUGUCUGACUUGGAACCGCUAGCAAAAUUACCAUAUUUGGAGACGCUCAGUUUGUUAACGAAUCCUGUCUCGACCAAGCAGCACUAUCGUGAGUAUGUUGCUGUUCGUUUCCCUAAUCUACGGUUGUUAGAUUUCCGUAAGAUCCGACAAAAGGAACGUGAAGCGGCUACGCAAUUCUUCAAGACCAAGAAAGGUAAAGAAGUUCUCAAGGAAAUUGCCCGGAAAUCGAAACAGAUGUUACCACCUGAAGCAGCCGGUACGGCAUCGCCCGAAAAGCAAGCUGUCCACAACGCCAGUCCAGAAGAAAUUCAAAUACUGAGAGAAGCCCUCCGGAGCGCCAAAACUUUGUCGGAAGUGGAACGGCUCAAUCGUAUGCUACAAUCUGGUCAGAUAACCGGCGACAUUUUGAACGGUAACGAUAUUCCUUUCUCUCAAUCUUAGUUUUCUUCUGCAGAAAGUGACCCCGAAGAGCAUCCAACGCGAAUAGAAGAUUACAGCUAUUAAUGGGCACAUAUUUUAUUCUGCUUUCUAUUUACUUUAGGUAAUAAUGGUUCAGAAGCCGACUAAAAACUUUGAUAGGAACAGAUACAUAUUACGAUGAGUUGGUCAAAUGGUAUGGUCGAGAAGUGUGUGAAAUAUAUGCAUUGGACAAAGUUGCAUUAAGUCGCGGUACGAUUGAUUAAUUGUAGCACAUGAAAUUCCUUCAAAAUGUUCUCCAGCGUCCAGCGCUUCGACAGAUCCUUCUGUAUCAUCAUAUCACAUAGCAUCUGCACGGAGGGAGAAUAUCCACGUCCUUUGUAAUCAAUUUGUGGUAUGCGAAAUUUCUGCUUCCGGCUCUUUCCGAGACAAUUCACGAAGGGGUGUUCCAGCAUGCACAGUUCGUAGAAAAUGAUGCCCAAUGCCCAUACAUCGCUCUUGUAAUCGUAAUCUUUCCCACGAGCUACUUCGGGUGCCAUGUAAAUAGGUGUUCCAAUGAUAGUCCGGUUGAAGUCGUUGUCGUGCAUAAUUUUGGAUACGCCAAAGUCAGCCAA